GUUCUCGAGGUCCAUGCAAAGCAGAUUUUGACUGCUCAACCCACACCCGCGCAACCACAAGAGAAUAUACUGACCGUGAUAUCUCUCUUCGCCGUCAAGAUGGCUUUGGUAGUAGCAGCGAAAAAAGAGCAAGAGGUCGAUUACACCAUCAAGCCCGAAGCUUCGACUCCCGCGGUCGAUACCAGCUCAUGGCCAUUGCUCCUCAAGAACUACAACAAUUGUAUGCCACAGCUACCUCAGACUACCUGCGAAAGCGAAAAACUUGCUAAUUGAAGCUCGCAGUACUGGUUCGCACUGGACAUUUCACCCCAAUCCCCAAUGGAUGUACCCCACUCAAGCGCGAUCUGAAAUCCUACAUCAGCUCUGGAGUGAUCAAUCUCGAUAAACCUUCCAACCCCUCCAGUCACGAAGUUGUCGCAUGGGUGAAGCGCAUGCUAAGGUGCGCGAGGCAUUCACUUUUCUGACACUGACAUCCACAUGCUGAUCAAAUUUUGCGCACAGAGUUGAGAAAACUGGCCACAGUGGUACUCUCGAUCCAAAGGUUACCGGAUGUCUGAUUGUCUGUAUCGAUCGCGCAACGAGACUGGUCAAGUCGCAACAAGGAGCGGGAAAAGAAUAUGUCUGUGUUAUCCGAUUACACGAUAAACUUCCUGGCGGUGAGGCGCAAUUUGCGCGCGCACUCGAAACCUUGACUGGUGCCCUUUUCCAAAGACCUCCAUUGAUCUCCGCUGUCAAGAGACAAUUGAGAAUUCGAACCAUCCACGAGAGCAGACUGUACGAAUUCGAUAAUGACAGACAUUUGGGUGUUUUCUGGGUUAGUUGCGAGGCUGGUACAUAUAUCCGUACACUUUGCGUACAUUUGGGAUUGCUUUUGGGAGUCGGUGCACACAUGCAGGAGCUCCGAAGAGUUCGAAGUGGAGCUAUGGACGAGAAUGUUAGAAUGGUCACUCUUCACGAUGUCUUGGAUGCACAAUGGAUGCAGGACAACACUAUGGACGAAUCCUACCUAAGAACGGUCAUCUCGCCAUUGGAGACACUUCUUACUACCUACAAAAGAAUUGUUGUCAAGGAUAGCGCAGUCAACGCUGUAUGCUAUGGUGCUAAGCUCAUGAUUCCGGGUCUAUUGAGAUAUGGUAAAUUUUCUUCCAAAUCGCGUUGAGGAGUAUUUUCACUAACAAACAUCACAGAGGCUGGAAUCGAGGUUCACGAGGAGGUUGUUCUCAUGACCACCAAAGGAGAGGCCGUCGCUCUUGGAAUCGCUCAAAUGUCAACUGUCGAGCUUUCUACUUGUGACCACGGAGUAGUUGCCAAGGUCAAGCGUUGUAUCAUGGAGAGAGAUCUCUACCCAAGGAGAUGGGGAUUGGGACCAGUUGCAUUGGAAAAGAAGAAGAUGAAGUCUGAUGGCAAGCUCGACAAAUACGGCCGACCCAACGAGGCAACACCAAGCAAGUGGAACACCGAAUACAAGGACUACAAUGCUCCUCUCGAUGGAAGCGCCACUCAAGUUGCCAAAAUCGAAGCCAAGGAGGAGCCCGCAGCAACUCCUGCCGCGGUAGCUUUCGACCCAGAUACAUCAAUGGUUAGCAACGCUGGAGACGAUGCCGGAAAGAAACGCAAGCGUCAUGAGGGUGAGACAGCAGAGGAAAAGGCUGAGAGAAAGCGAAAGAAGAAGGAGAAGAAAGAGAAGAAGGCCAAGAAGGAAGGAAAGAAGGUUGUGGAGAGUGACGACAGCGAAUAAAUAGCGGACGUACGUGCACAUUGUUUUGAAGAGCAAAUUGGAUCGAUGACCAGGAUAAGGUUAUUUUCGAUUCUUGCAUAGUUUGCUUUGGCGUUUGUUGAUGUAUCAUACUUGCUGCAGGAAGUCUUUGCAGGGUCGGCCUAAAAGGAGUUUAGUUAUGUAUGGAAAUUUACCUUUUGUUAAAAA